AUGAUGUGCCCUGGGCCCGCCGGGAAGUCCGGCAGGAACUGGCUCGAUCGCCUCCGCAGCUCCAAGGGAUUCCCACCCAUUGGUGCGGGGCUCGAUCUCGAUCAGUUUCUCCUGCUUCCCGAUCCCAACCCUAGCCAUCCUUCUCCUCCUGCUGCUUCUGCUGCUGGUGUUUCUCCUCUUCGUCUUCCCGGUUUCCCUGAACCAGACGGCGAGAAGCGCCUUCCUCGCCGCCCGCGGCGGCGCGGGGAGGAACCGGGAGUCGCGAAAGAGGAGGGAAGGAAAUGGUUCGAAAUCGUCGGCGGCGCUCUGGCGGAGCUCUUUCACAUGGGAGAUCCCAGCGAGCUGUGCGAUCUCCGAGGCCGCCGGAGCGGUCAGAAGAACCCCCGGAAGCAGCCGAACCCGAGGAUCUUCGUGAUCUCCGCCGCUGCCGGCCCCGCCGGUAGCAGCCCCGCCGAAGAAGAGGAAGACAGUGGUGGCCGCCUCCCGGCGGCGCCACCCGCCGUCGCCGAGAACAGCAUCGCGGGGACGAAGACGAGGCGUAGGAGGCCGCCGGCGCCCUGCGGCGGCGCCAACGAUUCUUCAGAUCUCGCCGCUUACUCGCGCACCGACGUGACGGUGAUCGACACGAGCUCCCCUUCCUGGAAGUCGCAGAAGAUCAUCUUCAGGAAGGGAUCCGUCUGGAGGGUCCGGGAUAAGAAGUCCUGGAGCGUGAGCAGGAAGAAGAGGAAGCUCGGCGUUGUCAAGAGGUUAGCUUCUGAGAAGGAGCAAGAUGAACCCCCCGCCGCAGGGGGGAGAGAGGUGCUCGUGAAGGAUCACCCACCAUCGCCCAGCGACGUAAGCUCUCCUGUGCCCCCAUUUUUCCUGCAUUAACUUGAAGAAUCUACGGUUAUAUUAAUGUAGACGACUCAGUGGAUCAUCAGGUUCAUUCAGAGACCGAUCCUUCAACAUUUUUCUUUCUAUUUUCGACAUCACUCCCCAUGGGUCCCUGUUCUUCAUCACAUUCCCCUUGGAUGAUAGAAUCGACGCCUUGAAGGUCAAAAAAGCAGAGAAGUACAGGCGUAGAGUGAGAUAUUCUGAUUGUAGAUUCAUGGGAUGUGCUGCUUCUGCUGCUCCGGAAAAACAAUGUUAGGGCUCGAAAUGUGCUGAAUUGAAAAUCAAAUACAUGGGCUUGGAUCUUCCAAAUGGGGGCUAUGAAGGCCCAAAGAUGUUGAAGGGUGAAAGUCUCGAGCGCUGCUUAAAUCAGUGCUGAACGGCGAACUGAAUCAAUCAGAAACUGUGCCAUUUUUUUCUCAGCAGGGGUGGGAAUGGAAAGCAUGGGGGGACCUCUGAUUCGUUGACUUGGAUUGAUCUAAGGAGAAAUGGAGCAACACAGAACGAUUUGGGCUUAAUAGACUGAUAUAAUGUGUGGUGUUCACUUUCCUCUUUGAGCAAACCCGUUGGCCGGCGACUGAAUCAUAAGUCAAAACAAUUUGUUUUCUUCUCGUCGAUUUUCCCCCGAGCCCAGCAAGUCAACGAUCUGUGAGACCCAAUUCUUAACCAUUUGUUAUGUGCAGGAUAAAACAUAUCUGGGCGAGGAUGCCUCUUCUAGUCAGAACUCACGCCAUGGAAGAAGGCAAGUUUGCUGUAAGCUUCAUUUCCAUGUCUAUGGUUUUCCCCUUCUGUGCUGUAACCUGCAUGGUCUUCUUCCAGGGUGCACUUCCCCAGGUCAUAUCGCCGGUCGACUGCCUUGGAUUCUUCUUCCCCCCGCCUCUGAGCUGUCUUCCUAAAUGGGUCUCGAGGCCUGUAGAGGCUCACUGAAGAGGGGAUGGGCCAAUUGGCUCUGCUGCAGUCUCUGCCGUGGACGAUUGUUUUCAAGAUUUAACAAUCAGUUCCCCUGGUCACUGCAUCUCCCCUGAAAGGAAAUUCGAGCUUCAGCUUUGAUAGCUGCUUGCCUCUGCAUUAA